AUGUCGACACAGAUUCCGCAAGCUGCAAGCGCAUCGCCCAUGCCAGAGGGCGUCACAGACCCCAAUUACAAGCCAGAGCCCGGCAGGCUAGGAAAUCUCACUGUGAUACAGCUGAACACGCUGGAGAAAUUCAGGACGGAGCUAAAGAACGAUGGUAUCUUCGUCGAGGGGCGCAUGGAUGACGCUUUCUUGCUGCGAUAUCUACGAGCUCGCAAGUUUGAUCUUGUGAAGGCAAAGGAGAUGCUUGUCAAUGCUGAGAAGUGGAGGAAAGAGUUUGGAGUCGAUGAUAUCGCUGAGAACUUUGACUUUAAGGAGGGCAGUGAGGUGAACAAGUAUUACCCGCAGUACUAUCAUAAGACAGACAAGGAUGGCAGGCCAGUCUAUGUCGAACAGUUGGGCAAGCUCGAUAUCAAGGCACUCUACGCAAUUACGACUCCUGAACGGCUACUCAAGCGGUUAGUCCACGAAUACGAGAAGAACGAGCACGACCGUUUUCCUGCAUGCACUAAGCAAAUUGGACACCCCAUCGAAACCUCUUGCACGAUUCUUGAUCUCAAGGGUGUUAGCCUCACCAGCUUUUACUCAGUCAAGGACUACGUGAUGCAGGCCUCAUCCGUAGGGCAGGACAGAUACCCUGAAACGAUGGGCAGAUUCUAUCUCAUCAACGCACCCUGGGGAUUCACCACCGUAUGGUCAUUCAUCAAACCGUGGCUCGAUGAAGUCACCGUCGCGAAGAUCAGUAUUCUUGGGUCGAGUUACUCGUCCGAACUGCUUAAGCAGAUACCGGCGGAGAAUCUUCCCAAAGAAUUUGGUGGUUUAUGCACUUGCUCUGGCGGCUGUUCGUCCAGCGAUGCAGGGCCUUGGAACCCCACUCCUGUCACCCACUUCGCUGAGCCAGAGAAGCUCUUUGACUCUGUAUGGCCGUUUACAAUUGCACCCAUCGUCAUCGCGUUGAGCGGCAUCAUCGUUCACACUUUCCUUGGUUAUUGUGCCUACCGCUCCACCGCCAAGCUGUAUCUUUUUAUAAUCAUCCUUGUUCCCAGUCUAGCAUCCUUUGGCGUAGGGCUGAGUUACGGGAUCAAAACAAUAUCUGCUCGAAUACUCCCCGGCUCUUCAUCGUCCCCGUUCCACACCUUCCAUACUGCGUACCAUGCGACUGAAUUCUGCACGAAUGCACUCGUCUCAGGUACGGUCUUCUUCGGCUUCGUGACAAUAACCAACGAUUCUCGUCUCCCAGGUGUCCUAGCCUAUGUUAUCUUCACAGCACCGAACGGCUUCCGCCCGCUCGAGCACGUAGUGAAACGCGUCAUCCACGGAACCAUCCAAAUCGGGCUUCUCAGCUCCCUCUUUUCGUUUCUCUGCCUCGUGACUUACGCGGCACUUGGGUCCUCCUCUACGUAUUACGCGAUCUUCCUCCUGCCUUUGGGACGGAUAUAUUCAAAUUCACUCCUGGAAACUCUACUUUCUCGGGAAGUUCCUGUAUUCCCAGACAGCUUGCCCCCCGAGGCGCUCACUGGUGAUAACGUCCAAUUCCGGCGCUACUCGAGCGUAUACUCAGCGGAGAACGCAGAGCACGACUUGGGCUUAGGAUUUACGACACGCAGGCGGGCUAGCCUCGAGCUUGACGGUGCCGAGGGGUUGGAACCGGGGGAUGGUGGCAGUGGAUUGGUGAAAGCCCCCAACGGAAAGGGAAAGCAACGUCUGUCUAUCCAUUGA